GACACAAUCGUUAACGAAAAAUUUAGUUUGUUCAUAAAACAGAUGCCCAUCUCUACUUUCAGACAUGCAUUUUCAAACAAUCAUGAAAUAUUUAAUCUUAUCUGGAAUUCUACCCCUAGCAAAAAACCCAAAAGGGGGUGCUCUGAUGAAUCUAAAGAACGGGAAAUUUAUUGCUUGGAAUAUUAUACGGGUGCUUGCGCUUGCUGGCUUCUUGUUUCUCAAUAUGACAGAUAUAAUGGAGAAAAAAGGAAAUUUCCUCAUGAUGACUGUAUUUUCAUUUGGACUAGUCAGUCUCAUUGGUGGGAGUGCUUCGACCGUAUUAAUUGCAUGGUCAGCUGGCAGGAUCUCUCCAUCUACAUCCAAUGGGAAUACUGUUUUUAAAAACAAGUUUUGGACAGUAUUGUUUAUUACCUUGGUUCUCUACAAUUGUGGAAUAUUACUCCUUUAUGCAACGUUUACAAAUUUUGAUUCUGUAACCAACGUGCCAGUUUUUCUGAUAUGCUCCGGUAUUCUCAUAUGUCUGUCAAUGGCAGAUUAUUUUACAUUAUUAGUGAUGACCUAUGGCUGGAUUACAAAUGUAAGAAGGGACUUAAAAAAUAUUCUUGAAUUGAAAAGCAUUGAACUAGAAAGGUUCCUACAACUGUAUGAUGAGUAUGGAAAAUUGAGAAGCGUUCUCUCCCCUAUUUCCAUUUUCUUCUUUUCAUCAGUUCAAAUCUUUAGUAUCACCUCUUCGUUUAUUGCAAUAUCAGGUGACAUGUUUGGUAUGAGCUCCAUGUUACCCAGUGCAGCAAUGAUAAUACUGAUUAUAUCAGCUGUUAAUAUAACUGCUGAUCUGUACAACCUUGCUGAUAGUAUUGCAGAGAAGGCUGAUGAAAUUGGUCUGAAUCAACCUAAGCUCCGGGAUAUUCUGAGGUUCCAUCAAAUAGGAUUAAAAUUCCGGAAGAUUGGACCAAUUACUGGNACGUCAAUAUAA